AUGUUAAUUUUACUCAUUUGUUUAUCAAAUGCUGUAGAUUUAAGAUUCAAGUUGCCAGCUAGAUAAAUAAGAUGCUUUGGUGAUAGACUAUAGGAAAAGGAAAUGAUUCAAGGCUUUGUUGAAGGAGAGUCGGCUGACUAUAGUUUGAAAAUAACUGAUACAGGUGUGAAUAAGUAAUUAUAUUACACGUAUCAUGAAUUAACUUAAAAGUUUACAUAACUUUUUAAUGAAACAACCUAGAUAUAAAUAUGCAUUCAUAAUUUGGCUCAUUAUUAAAUGAAUAUAUAAUUUUUGUAUGAGUAAGGAAUACAAGCAGAAUUAGCAUCAAUAGAAGAUUUAAAAGAAAUAGAGAAAUAAGUGAAAUAAUACAAUAAUACUUUACAACAUUUAAAAGUAUAAGUUUAAAAUUAAAUAAUAGUCUGCUCAAUUAGAUUUGUUAUAAUUGUAAACUAAUAGGAAUGAAAAGAUGAAUGUAAUUUCAAGUAAAAUAAUAAUAUUUUCUAUAAUAACUAUUAUGUUGAUGAUUGUAGUGACUAUCAUUUCUACAAUAAAAGCAGCAAAAAUAAUGAAAUUGAAGAAAUCUUAUUGA